AUGCCUUCCUACAUUAUCACUUGCAAGGACGACGCGACCGACGAGCAGGUCCAGGCUGCCAAGCAGCACGCCAAGGAUCAAGGAGGCAAGAUCACCCACGAGUACAGCCUUAUCAAGGGUUUUGCUUGCGAAUUCCCCAGCGACGCCGUUAACACUCUCGAGAGCCAUGAGCACGUCAAGGCAGUUGAGAAAGACGGCGAGAUGAAGACCCAGUAA